UCCUACCCUGUUUGCUGUUCGAAACUGGGAAAAAAAAAAUUGGGUGUCCUACUAGACAACACCUGAGGCAGUGUCGGAGAAUGGGCAGAAACGUAUGGAAUAGGAGGACUCGGUCAGAACUGUGAAAAAAACAACCUUUCCCCGAUGUAGUUCGUCGAAGUCACGAAGUCCGGGAUGAAGACAUAUGGAAAGUAGGGUUUUGAUUGGAUAUACCUCCCAAGAGUCUUGGAUUUCUGGACCAGACUGGACUAAUUUUGCUCUGAAUCGGACAAAGGGAAAGGCAGGAAGAGGGGCAGAAGAGAAGCGGUGCUCUCUGAAGAGGGGAAGCAGGACUCUCCACCCGCCGAGCUGGCGGCCAUGACGGAGGCGCGGGCCCCUUCGGCCCCGGCGGGGCUCAGCUGGGCGCAGGUGUGCAAGGAGUGCGGGCAGGGGCACGGCGGGCAGGAGGGCCACCUGUACGAGUACCUGGACGAGGUGGACGACGAGCUGAUCUGCCACAUCUGCCUGCAGCCGCUGCUGCGGCCCAUGGACACGCCCUGCGGCCACACCUACUGCUUCCAGUGCCUGAGCAGCUUCCUGCGCGAGCAGGACUUCUGCCCCGUGGACCGGCAGCGGCUGCAGCUGCACCAGUGCCGCUCCUCCAGCCUGCUGGUGCGCAACCUGCUGGACAAGCUGACCGUGCUCUGCCCCUUCCACGCGCACUGCCAGCAGCAGAUGCAGCGCUGCGAGCUGCAGCCUCACCUGCACAACAGAUGUCCUGCGUUCCGGAAGCUUCGGGAGGAAGCGGAGAAGAGGAAGAGGCCCGCUUGGAACGAGCUGAAGGGGCGGGCCGAGGGGGAGCCGGGGGCCGACGCCAAGCACCCCGCAACGCAGUCCCGGACCGCCGCCCCCCGCGGCCCCGCCGAGCCCGGAUUGGUCAACCCCGCCUUUGAGGAGAGCGAGGAUGAAGCCCCUCUGAGGUCCAGCCUGGUGGCCGAGGCGAGCGUGGUGGAGAUCUACCGGGACGAGCCGGAGGAGGAGCUGGGCGUGCGCAUCGUGGGCGGGAAGGACACGCCCCUGGGCAACAUCGUCAUCCAGGAGGUCCUGCGCGACUCGCUCGCCGCCCGAGAUGGCAAGCUGGCCCCCGGGGACCACAUCUUGGAGGUGAAUGAUGUCAACGUGGCCUGCGUGCCCCACCGCCGGGCCAUCGCGGUGCUGCGCCGGCCCUGCCCGCUGCUCCGCCUCACCGUCAUGCAGGAGAAGGGCUUCUCCACCCGGAACCCCCGGCCGGAGCACCACCCGCCCGCCGGCACCAACGCCACGCCCCUUUCCCUCGGCCCCGCCCCCAACAACAACAACAGCAGCGGCCCCGGCCCCCAGCCGGGCAGCACGGUCACCCAGGUGAUGCUGGUGAAGAGGGACCGCUCGGAGCCCCUGGGCAUCAAGCUGAUCCGCAAGUCGGAGGAGCCGGGCGUCUUCAUCCUGGACCUGCUGGCCGGGGGCGUGGCCGCCAAGGACGGCAAGCUGCGCAACAACGACAAGGUGCUGGCCAUCAACGGGCACGACCUGCGGCACGGAACACCCGAGAGCGCCGCCCAGAUCAUACAGGCCAGCGAGGUGCGGGUGAACUUUGUGGUGAUGAGGCAGGCCGAGGUGCCGGAGGAGGGGGGCACGAGCACGGAGGGGCCGGGCAGAGGGUCCAGGAGGGUUCCCGAAACGCAGUACUUCAGGCGCCGCUCUACCUACGUGAAGGACCCCCCGGGCGGGUUCUCCAGCCAGGAGAAGACUGUGAGCCUGAAGAAGGAGCCGCGUCUGUCGCUGGGCAUCACCAUCGCUGGCGGGCGGGACAGCCGCAGCAGAGUGCCCGUCUACAUCACCAGCGUGCAGCCGGUGGGCUGCCUGCACCGCGACGGCACCAUCAAAACCGGCGACGUUCUGCUGAGCAUCAACGGGGUGGACCUGACCCAGCUGACCUACAGCGAGGCGGUGUCGGUGCUGAAGGCGCAGACGGCCCAGGCCAGCGUGGUGCUGCGCGUGGUCCAGACCAUCACCGAGGGAGAGGAGGAGGAGGAGGAGGAAGGGGACGGGGAGCACAAGGAGGAGCUGGAGAUGCUGGAGAACCCCCGGGAGGAUGACCUCAACUGGGCCCCCCUGUGGACCCGCUGGCUGGGCCUGCCCAGCCACAUGCACUGGUGCCGGGACAUCGUCCUGCAGAAGACCAACGGCGAGAGCUGGGGCUUCAGCAUCGUGGGGGGGUACGAGGAGACCCACGGCCAGCAGCCCUUCUUCAUCAAGACCAUCGUCCCCGGGACCCCCGCCCACUUCGACGGCCGCCUCAAGUGUGGCGAUGAGAUCGUGGCGGUGAACGGAGCCACCACCGUGGGCAUGAACAACUCCUCCCUCAUCCCCCUCCUCAAGCUGCAGAAGAACAAAGUCACUCUCACUGUGGUGUCGUGGCCUGGGAGCCUGGUGUAGCCCCGCCCACACCUCGCCCUGCCCCCCCUCUCCCUUCCGCCUGGUCUGGCGUAUACAGAGAUCCCCCCCCCCCCCUCCUUUCCUAUCCCAAGAAAAAUGCCUUGGCAAGCCUUGCUGAUCGCUGUUACUACACACUGUCAAUCAAUCAGUUCACUAAGCUUGAUUAUAGUGAUGAGAGCGGUUUCAUGAAUGGGUGGGCAUGCAAUGAGAUGUUAAUCACUAACAUGUUUGAACAAAUCUGAAUUUACUUGCUCCAAAGCAGAGGAAACGCAAUGAAUCGCUGAAAUCGGUGAAUCACUCAUAGCAAAUUGUUGCUCCGCCCAUUUCUGAUGUCAUAAACCUAGCCGUACCAUCACUACGUCAUUUACGGAGCCGGUCCUGAGACGAGCUUCCCCAGCUGUUGCCUUGCUGCGUACAGUAGGGCAUGACCUUAAUUUAAAAUUUUAAAUGCUAUUUUACAGACAAUCUCUGGUGUGAAUUUUAAUUGACUGCUGGUUUUGCACUUUGUCCUCCCACACUUGUUAAAUCUGCAUUGAUUUCCUCUGUGACUCACUACUUAAAGAGAGGUUUUAUGCAGUGGGGGGGGGAAUCAUUUGCUACUUUUUUCAUAUUCAAAUAGCAGUUGAAUGUGGAACCACACAACAGGCGAAGCAAAUCAAAUGUGCAAGAUUGGCUUGUUUUACCAAAAUACUUUCAGGUAAACUGGAGGGAAAAGUAGGUCCAACCUGUUUAAAAACAUACUGACAUUUCGUUAAAUGGAUAAUUGUGUGCCUGUGUGUCUAUCUGUCUGUCCGUGUUUGUGUGUGAGUGCGUGUGUGUCUGUCGGCCUGUGUUUGUGUGUGAGUGCGUGUGUUUCUGUCGGCCUGUUUGUGUGUGUGUGUGUGAGUGCGCACGCGUGCGCGGGUGCACCAGUCAUGUGUACAGGUGGUUAGCAAGUACUGAGUUACAUCAUCACUGUAGCUCCACCCCAUGUCCCUGUGAGAGGAAAGUCGAUGGGGUUCAGUGUCAACAAGAUGGAUGAAGUAACUACAGUAUAGAGCCCUUAUUACCCACAAGAAGAGCGCUCCGCUCCACCACACUACAGUCCUUGUUUUGUUCAGACCUUGCAGCUCUUUUAGUUGUUUAUAGACUUGUUUCCCGUUUCAUGCAGUGAUUCAUUUUUUUAUGUGCUGACAAUUGACAGCCAGUUUUAGGCAUUUUUGAUGGCAGAAACUCUAUAGCAGUUCACAUUUCAAAGGUUUCCCUUUUUUUAGUCAUCUUACAGUAGUAUUAUAUUGUAAUCUGGAACCUAAAGACUGCUACCAUGUACAAUAUAAACAAUCAAAAAAUGUAUGAAUGAAGUAUAACCCAAGUGAUGUGGAGAAGUGUAGUGUUUAACGUUUGAUGUAAAACCUUGAACUCUUUCGGAUGAGAACAGACCAAAGUCUCAUAAUGAAGUAAAGAACCUCUCCAGCUCACCAUAACUGAUUUAUUAUAACAGUUAAGAUUACUGUGGGCAUCUUGAGUUAUUUCUUGUGAAAAUGUUAAUGCCUGUGUUUUUGGCUUCUAUUGAUUUGUUCACAAACUGUACAUGCACUGCACUGUAAUUGUUUGGGCUACCUAACUGUUCUGUGAAAUGUUUUAUUUUGAAUGUUUCAAUUAAUUGGGUGCCUUGUGUCUACAGAAAGACUAAUCAAUAUUCACCUGCCUUAAGUACCAAAAAAUGCAAUCAAUGUUUUGCCCUGACUUUGACUGGACUGGAGUGCCCAUAUAUUGAAGUAUCAUCUAGUUCAGUUUUCACGGGAGGAGUACAGCUGCAAUGGGAACAACAGAGCAGUUGCUUCCAAGGAACUGGAGACUUUGAUUAAAUAGCACUACGUGUAUUUUAUGACUUAGUUGUUAAAACCUCUAAGCAUUGUCUUUUUUGAUUGAUCUUAAAUAUGGGGGAUCAGGGGUUAGAGGCUCCCAUAUAAUAUUGCUUCUUCAGUCUCCUUGCUGCUGUAGACACUGCAGGUUUGUAUGACUUUUAAAUAAAUGAAUAAAUAGCAAAAUGUCAGCAUUCAGACCUCUGAAGCAGAAAGGAGCUUCUUCAAUUUUGUGAUUUAAGACAACUCAUUAAAGUCAAGUGUGUUACUUUUCAAUAUUA